AUCACAGAACCGAAAGUGUUUUGAAAACGGAAGUAGGCUAUAGGCGAAGAAAAACAGCUUGUAAUGUGAGAAACAACAGCCUGUAUUAUAGCAUGCUGUGACGAUAUCAACCAGCCGUCAUCAUGUCUUCUGAUUUACCAAAAUCACGUUGCGAAAGUUCCUCAUCAGAGUCUGAGAUCAGAAUAGUUCUUCUAGGCGAUAAAAGAGUUGAUAAGAGUGAAUUAGCCAAAUUAAUUCUGGGCAGCAAGACUCUGAAAGGAGAAGAAAUUGGUCUGUGUACUUUAUAUAACGGUGAAGAAACAGAAAGAAAGAUCAGUGUUGUAGAAACACCAGGAUGGGACCCAAGUUCAAUCAAAGAAACAGCAAAGAAUAUAAAAGCAGAGAUUGUCAGAUGUUGGUCUCUUUGUCCUCCAGGACCUGAUGUUCUUCUUCUGGUGAUUCCCGUGAAACAAGAACCUUCAAUGUAUGAGAUGACAGAAGCACAGAAGCACAUGGAGUUGUUAUCAGAGCGAGUUUGGAAACACACUAUUGUGCUGCUUGAUUAUGAGGAAGAGAUUGAGGAAUCUGUCAUCAACGAACACAUUCAACGUGCAGAGACAAUCCUAGAAAAGUGCAGAGAACAAUUCUGUGUUUUUUAUAGGGGUACCUCUCAAAUGACAGAUCUCUUUAAGAAAAUAGACAAUCUGGUGAAAGAAAAUAAUGAAGAAUUUUUUAUGCCACAAAUUUAUUAUGAUAAGAUUCAGCCCAGACCUCAAGUGUUUAAUAAGGGAGAGCCAAGGCAAAGACGUGGAAGUAAAGAGAAGAAUCCUCCUGACUUAGGAAAAGAAAAUGACACAGAGGAAGAGAAAGAAACUGUAGUGGCUAUCAAGCAUGGACUUUUUGAUGAUGUGGCAGCACUACGUGUGGCAGCACUACGUCGGACAAUCAAACCUUUCUCAACCUGCCGUAAUAAAUCCUCACCAACAGCAGGCGACUCCGGGCCGGAUCCACACCAGAGCUGCUGA